AUGGGCUUCCUCGGAGCUGUAACGCUGCUCAACAGCUGUGUGAUAGUCCCUUGGGAUUCAGAAUACGACCUCGCUGCGCAGAAGUUGGUUGAGGCAGGCUUUCGCCCCGCCCCAUGGACGUACGCCAUAACGGAUCCACAGCGUGUUCGCGAUGACGAGAUAGACCGACGGACUUUACUCAGAGGGGCUAACGGAGACGGGAACUUGGAUGCCAAUUCGUUACGGUUCCAGUUUCCAGCAGGCUUUUCUGGCCCAGAAAGAGUCUUGUUGCUUCGAAGCACAUAUAUUGGCAUUCGACCCCCGAGCGAUCCUGAAUCGAUACAAAGAUUCUCUUGCAUCGACAACUUGUAG